AAAGAGAGUAGAGUUUUAAAUGCCUCUCUCCCUCUGUGUCUCGUGUAAAAGCUUACUCUUGUGGUCUGUAAUGCGCUGCUAAGAGACUCAAACUCAAUUAGCUUCGUUCACUUCAAUCAUUGUGGUUUGAAGAGCCCACCAAAGGAUAGAACAGAGUUCUUUGACUACUUUCUAUGUUAUUCAUCUUCUCCUCUGAACGUCAUUUUACAUCUGAGAUCUCAUUUCUUCCCAUCCUGUAGUAAACAGAAUGAAUAAACAAGACUCGAAGAUGCAGACUUGCAUUCUCAGAGUGAACAUUCAUUGUGGUGGUUGUAAGCAGAAGGUGAAAAAAAAGUUGCAGAAAAUUGAAGGUGUGUAUUCCGCCUCCAUAGAUGUAGACCAAGGCAAGGUGACUGUGACAGGAAAUGUUGAUCCAGCAACACUCAUAAAGAAGCUUAUCAAGUCAGGGAAACAUGCAGAGCUAUGGGGAGCACAAAAUGGUUCAAACAAUCUGAACAAUCAGUUCAAGAACAUGCAGAUUCAGAAUUUUAAAGGUGGAAAAGACAACAAGAAUCAGAAAAGUGGCAAAGACCAACCAAAGGGUGGUCCUCAGCAGAUGCCCAUUAUCAAAGGGUCUAAAGAUCUGAAAGUGCCCUUCAAGGACCAGAAAUCUGUCAAGUUUAACUUGCCUAAUGAUGUUUAUGAUGAAUUUGGGAGUGAUGAUUUUGAUGAAUAUGAUGAUGAUGAGUUUGAUGAUUAUGGUUUUGAUGGUCAUCAUCAACAACCCAGUAACAAGAUACCAAGCAUGGGUGGUGGACAUGGACCCCAUGGGUCUAAUGGAAUGAUUAAAGGCCAUGUACAAGGUGCGGGUAGUAAUAAAGGUGGGAAUACCAAGAAGAGCGGUGGAUUUAGUUUACCUGUACAACUAAAGGGCAUGGGUAAAAAUAAGGAUGGUAAGAAUGGAAAUGAUGGUAAGAAUGGAAAUGGAGGAAAGAAUGGCAAGGGAGGAAGUCAAAAUCAUGGUGGUGGUGGUGGAAAAAAUGGUGGGGUUUUCCCUGGAGAGGGUAAAAGUGGUGGUGUAAAUGCUAAGGGUGCCUAUAACGGUGGUGGUGGAAAGAAUAAUGAUAGUUGGGGUAAGCAAGGGGGAGGGAAAAAUGGUGCAGACUAUGUAAUGAGCAAUGUACAACCUGGGUUUCAUCAGAUUAAUAUGGGCCAUAAUGGGGUUGGUGAUAAGAAUAUGGGUCAGAUGGGUCAAAUGGGCAACUAUCCUAUGGGUCCAAUGGGAAAUAUUCCGGCAGUACAAGGCUUACCGGCGGCGGCAGCUAUGCAAGGUGGCUAUUACCAUGGAGCGGGGGCAGGGCAGGGCAACCCCUAUAACCAACAAUACUUGGCACAAAUGAUGAUGAAUCAGAGGCAAGGGUAUGGAAAUGAUAUGUACCAUCCCAUGAUGUAUGCACGGCAACAGCCGCCGGUGAGUUAUGGGCAACCAAUUCAGGCUCCGGCGACCGAUAAUUUCACCCACUUCUUCAGUGAUGAGAACACAAGCAGUUGCAGUAUCAUGUGAAUUACCAGGCAAUCAAUUUUAGUCUGUUUUGGUUUGAUAUGUUGGGUUUGUGCCUUGGUGCUACAAGUGUAUACCUUUUGCCGAUGUUACUUGGAAUUGGGUUAAUUUUGUUUGCAUUCUAGUUUUUACUGUAAUCUUGGAAGCUGUCAUUCUAUUAGUCAGAUGUAAGGGGGUGAUUAUGAUAGUCAGUGUUAGAAUUCACUUACAUAGAUGUAAGGGGUGAGGUCUGGUUUGAGGAAUUUGUUAGUUUCUUAAAAGUGAUGUUUAUAUGUCUGGCAUUUAUUUUCUUCUCACUGAGAUUAAAAAUAGUGCUUUU